AUGUCUUCCCAGGGAGAUGGUCAAACACCUUCUUCUGCUUCAUCCUCGCAACAGAAACUUGCAUUACAGCAGAAACAAUUACUAGAAUUGACAACUAAGUUUAAGGAAUUGGUCAAUGAAGCUAAACGUGUGGGUCAGAACACUCAGCGAGGUAAGGAACUGUUAAUCCAAGCUUCCAAUCUGAAAGCCGUUUAUGAUAAUUACAAUAAACAAAGACAAGCAUUAAUAAACCAACAGCAACAACAACAGGCUGGAUCUUCCCAAACUCCUGCUGGAACUACAAAUAAUGCAGAUGCUGCAUCAUCGUCUUCUGCUCCAGCUGCCGCAGGAGCAAGUGGUGCUAAUGGAACAAGAAAAACUGCUGUUGCCAAUGCCUCCGGAGGUAGCCAAUUGGCAGACUUGAUUAAACAGGUUUUAACUCCAGAGGAAAACCAACAAUACGAUAAAUUAUUACAAAAUUUCCAAUCAAGAGCAAGCAGUAUUAAAGAUCAACAUACCUUUUUAAAACAGCACAUCGACAGAUUAUCCCAAGAAAUUAAUCAACAAACUGACGAAGCUGCAAAGAAACAAUUAGAAGUAAACAGGGCAGAACUAUUGACAAACUUGAGAACGUUAAAUACAGAAUACAGCAAUUUAUACGAGGAUAUUAAGAACAAGAAAAAGGCAUUUUAUGUAGAAUGUGCAAGACAAAACCCUGAAUUACAACGACUAUUACAGAAGAGUGGCCAGCAACAACGAAUUUUACAACAACAGAAACAACAACAGGCACAAGCACAAGCACAAGCACAAGCUCAAGCCCAAGCACAGGCACAAGCCCAAGCCCAAGCUCAAGCCCAGGCACAAGCCCAAGCCCAAGCUCAAGCACAGGUACAAGCCCAAGCCCAAGCCCAAGCACAGGCACAAGCCCAAGCACAAGCACAAGCACAGGCCCAAGCUCAAACUCAAGCUCAAGCACAGGUCCAAUCACAACCACAAGCAGCUCAGGGUCAAACUCAAACUCAAACACAACCUCAACAACAAUCUCAACCGAGUACUUCAGCUAAUGAGCCAGUGCAACUACCCCAGGAACAAGGGACUGGUUCUAUACAGUCUCAGCCAAACAGUGCUACUUCAGCUAAUAGAUCUCAAGUAACAAAUGUUAACGCAACUGCAUCUUCUGCAAAUAAAAAUAUCCAAAGUAAAUCUGCCAUUUUUAAACAAUCAGAUCCUUCCGUUCCAAUUUCCGAAAGCAUUACCGUUAAAGCUCCAGAAGCUGUUUCAUAUAUAUCCAAUAGACCAUCUUUAACUGGUGGUACAGCAAUGAAUGCAUCUGUAUUAAAUACUCCUACUAUUACAAAACUACCUCCUUAUGAAAUAGACACAGAGAGGGUAAUGUCAAAAAGAAAAUUAAGGGAACUAAUCAAAUCUGUAGGUAUAGAUGAAGGUGAUGGUGAAACGGUUAUCGAUGGUGAUGUAGAAGAAUUAUUGCUAGAUUUGGCAGAUGAUUUUGUUACAAAUGUUACAAGCUUUGCAUGUAGGUUAGCCAAGCAUAGAAAAUCUGACAGUCUAGAGGCAAGAGAUAUACAGUUGCAUCUAGAGAGAAACUGGAAUAUCAGAAUUCCAGGUUAUUCUGGUGACGAGAUUAGAAGUACUAGAAAAUGGAUACCAACACAAUCAUAUUCUCAAAAGAUGCAAUCCAUAAAUAAUGAAAAGUCAAAUAUAGCAAAAAAUAGUGGAUCAACUGGAAUUGUAAAUUCUUCAGGUAAAGGUUCAAAAUAA